AUGUCCACGCCCGCUUGGGCUCACAAGGAGCUCGAGUUCAGCACCCAAGGGGAUCGACCCUUGGGAACCGAGGAAGAAGUCAGCCAGUCGCGCUCGAGGCACCGAAGACGCCGGCCCAAGAAUCUAGCCCUGCGAGCAGAGGAUGUCGAGAGGCUAGUAAAUGACCGACUCCAAGCUCUCCAACUUAAAGGAAGCACGGAGGAGGCCCUACACAAGGAAAUUGAUCGAGUCGAUUGCUCGCCUUUUACCGACAAAGUGGAACGAGCUCCUCCACCGAAGCGGUUCACAACGCCAUCCAUCACUCCAUUCAAGGGGGACUCUGACCCUGAGAGCCAUUUGAGGCACUUCAAAAGCGUCAUGAUCCUGUACAAGGCAGAUGAUGCUCUGAUGUACAAAGUGUUCGCGAUGACCCUGCGAGGAGCAGCUCAAGACUGGUUCCACACUCUAUCGUCUGCGUCGAUAGGAAACUUCAAGGAGUUAGUCCUCAUCUUCACAAAAGAGUACACCUCCUACAAGAUGGUCAGAAAGCAUGCAGACCAUCUAUUCAACCUGCGCAAGAAGCCAGACGAGUCUCUACGAGACUACCUGAGACGAUUUAAGGCUGAGAAGGCUAACAUCAUAGGAUGCAAUGACCAAGUUGCAUCCUCAGCUUUCAAAAAGGGCUUCCCAACCGAGCACGAGCUAUACCGAGAGCUGGCCAUAACUCCAAGUCAAACCUUGAUCCUGGCUCAGGUGAAGGACAAGCCGUGGGUGAGAAGACCACCACCAAUGAAGGGAGAGCCCUCUAAGAGGGACACCAGUAAAUACUGCGCAUUCCACGGGGAGCACAGUCAUUACACCAACAACUGCAACGCUUGGAAAAGGCACCUUGAGGAGCUGGUCAGAGAAGGUCAUUGCACAGAAUUCGUCGCAAAGAAGGCCAUCCAACAGAUCGAGGAUCUUGAUGCGGCUGCCAAGGAACCUCCCCAAAAGGUCAUUCGAAUCAACACCAUUCUAGCUGACUCCCAGGAGUCCGGGCUGACCACCAAGGAGUGCAAGAGGAAGAUCGCGCAGGCGACUUAUAUCUCUGAAGUCACAACAGGAGUACCAGUCAUUGUGGAUACACCCAUCAUUGGUUUCCAGAAGAAAGACUUGAUUGGGCUUGACCUGCCGCAUAAUGACGCCCUAGUCAUCCGCAUCCAGAUUGAACAAGCUGUGAUCUAG